AUGGUUACUGUCAGUGGGAAAGUGAUCCCAUUGGUGCACACUGUCUGUGCGUGUAGUGCGUUUCUAGCUGCGUUGGCCACAGGAUGCGCUUUACACUUCCACAAAAUUGUCGAAAAUGCACACUACGGGUACCCAGACGAAUGGUUCCCCAGUGUCUCCGCCACCAUCGGAGACAGGUACCCAGAGAGAUCGAUCUUCCAGAUUCUGAUUGCCCUGACCGCCUUCCCCAGGUUCCUGCUCCUCUUGGGCGGGCUGUACACCACAGGUGACGUGGUCACGUGUGUCGUGGCCACCAUCAGAACUGUCACCUGUGGAGGGUGGGUCUACAUCACCUCGACAGACGAUCACGACAUCCACGACAUUUUCAUGAUCUCGUACAUCGUGCUCACAUUACCCUACGAUAUCCUCGUGACCCGCAAGUCGCCCUACAAAGGGGCAAAGGCGCUCGUCGCGACCACUUUCUUCGGGUUGCUGGUGCCCAUGCUUUACUGGUACUACCAACAUCAGGUCCUCCAUGUCCCCGGCGCCUAUUCGAUCUACGCUUACUUCGAAUGGUCUCUGAUCCUCUUGGACGUGGCCUUCGACGGGUUGCUCUACCACGAUUUCAAAGCGUUUGAUAUCAUUUUGCAACCAACCGCUGAAUCGGUGAUCAAAGUGACACCUGUAAAAAUGGGGACGAAAAAACAGAUGGCCAACCCCCCUAGACCCGUCAACACAUGUUUAUACUUGCUUGUGAACACUUUGAACUUUUUCAUUUUCUGGUCUGGAGUCACUUCUCUGUACUGCAUGGUGUGGUAUUUCCCACUGUGGUACAUGGGUAUCUCCGGGUUUGAAAUCGCCAUCUUUGGUACAGCGGGAUGUUUCAUCCUCGCCAUGCCAGGUUUACCAAACGUUCUAUUUACUUUGGGACCAUUGAUAAGCGGGCUGAUCACUGUCAAUGCGUACCUCGUCGAAACACCGGAGACCAGGCUAGUCGUCGUCUCACUCGGUAAUAUUGUCGCAGUGGCAAGUUUUGUCCAACAACUGAGAUCCAUCAAGACUAAGCAAGUCUCGCUGAAGUUUGCAGUGGCCUUCCUUUUGGGAUUGACUUCCUCUGUCGUCUUCAAAAUGACAUUCUAUUCUAACAACCCGAUUUGGGCCAUCUUCAAUGGCGACAACAACGGGUACAACAAGACUGGGCUAGUGAUCGUCCUCAUCGGUGGUCUAUUGUCACCCUACACAAACGCAAUCCACAAACAACAGCCGGGAACAUCCACGGAUACGAAAGGGGACACGCCCCGUCCAACGUACGGCUUUGGUAAGAAGUUACUAGUUUCCCUAGGUUUUGGCGCAUUGUUCUACAGUAUUCAUCAAUUACUGACAGACGCAUCCACCGUGAUCUACUGGUGUUGGGAAGGUUAUGGUGACCACCAGGGGCCCCUGCAAUGGCCAUGGUCCUCAUUGGUUUGUGCACUUAUGCUUCUGGCCACCGCCACAUCCCCCAAAUUUUUCAAUUCGAGUACCGUCCCUGUUUUAUUGCUCAUCACCUCUACGGCGGUUAUGUCCAUCAAGGAAAUCCAGGAAUGGAAUAAAUUCAUCUUCGGUGGCAUUCCCUACAUUGUGUCAAUUUUGUGGAUUGUUCCAACCUAUUUAGAGACAAUGAUAUCAGUCACAGGAGUCAUGUGGUUCACUCUCUCCUUUGUGCUCUACAACUUCUUUGUGCUAGCACAUGUCUGGGUGGUCGCGUAUGCGUUUGUACCAGGUGGGUGGUUGCUCAGAGAGAGGAGCGAACUUGUAUUGGCUAUAUCUUCCGCGUUGAUUGUCAUUGGUAUUUGUGUUUCUCGUGCUGGUACUUCUCGUUACUCCACAAGUACACUGUGCAAAUCGAUCGCAUUUUACACGGUUCUUGGACUUUCCUUGAUUGGGUACUUCACGUAUCAAAUCAAACCGUUGGGGACCCCACAACCUUACCAUCCGGAGAAUAAACUGAUCACAGCUGGUAUCUGGACUAUCCAUUUCGGCUUGGAUAACGAUAUGUGGGCCUCGGAGGAUCGUAUGACGCAGUUACUUCGCGAGAUGGAAUUGGACGUUGUCGGGUUGCUAGAAACUGAUACGCAAAGAAUUGUCAUGGGUAACAGAGAUUUGACAAACAAAAUGGCACAUGACUUGAACAUGUACGCAGACUUCGGCCCUGGUCCAAACAAGCACACUUGGGGGUGCGUCUUGCUAUCCAAGUUCCCUAUUGUGAACUCCACUCAUUACCUACUAUCGUCCCCCGUUGGUGAGCUCGCCCCAGCCAUACAUGCCACACUACGCACAUACGACGAUGUGCUGGUGGACGUUUUCGUUUUCCAUAGUGGACAAGAGGAGGAUGAGGAGGAUAGAAGGUUACAAUCUGAGGAGUUGGCUGCACUAAUGGGCUCCACGACCCGCCCAACUAUUCUGUUGAGUUAUCUGGUCACUGAUCCACACGAGGGGAACUACAACACGUAUGUCAGCGAGACUUCAGGUAUGCACGAUAUUGACCCUAGUGACGAUGAUAGAUGGUGCGAAUAUAUCUUGUACAAGAAGUUAAACAGAGUCGGUUACGCACGUGUCGCCAGAGGCUCGAUUACAGACACGGAAUUACAAGUUGGUAAAUUUGAAGUGUUGAGUAAUGAAGAAUUGGCGCAUGCGGGGAGCACGAUAUACGACUCGCAACAUACGUCUGAGCCAAUUAACGAUCAAAUUAAGUUCCCAGAUAUUUUCAAAGGCGACGGUCAAAGAGGCCAUUUUUACCAUGUCUUCGAUCAACCGCGUUAUUACAAUAACAAAAUUGACGCAUAA